ACAAAGAAACGUAACAGCGGGAGAGUCGAGGAAAGAAGAUGGCCAUUAGAACUUCUAUUUGUUGAUAGCUUGGUCAUUAGCAACCAUACUUUAAGUCCGCAGUGUCUCUGCAGCAGCUUAUUAUUUACAUGAACUCUUUAGGUGAUUCAACUGACGAUUUAAGGAAUGUGUUCGUGGACUCGUUAGACUUGUCGACUGAACUGUGAUUGUGAAAAUGUGUUCGGAUGGGAUUCUAAUUUUAUAUGUGAGAUAACUAUACUCUUUCCGUAGGAUAAUCAACAUGAGUGGUCUUCAGUUUAUAAAGACUCUGAAGCAUAUUGGAUACCCAAAGGCAGAUAGUCUUAGUCCACGGGGUUUGGACUGGAUGUUUGAAGAUGUCACAAUGCUGCCUUUUCUCACCUGGUUUUGUAACACAGUGGGACAACAAAAUGUUCUGAGCGCUGAGGAAGAGGCAGAAUAUGAAGAGCUCAAGGCAUCGCAAGCAAUUCUUCUGGAAGGAGAACAGCUAGAUGAUGCACUGCGAAGCUAUCCAGUAUAUGAUGAUGACAUAACACAGGAAAAGCUGAAAGGUGAUAUUGAACGGCUGAAAGAAGAUCUUGACAGGAGCAAGAAAAGAAAACAGCAUUUGGUGCAGACCAGGAAUAAGCUAAGUCUUCAUCACACAGGCCUUACAGAUCGAUUAUCCAAGCUCGGAAACCCAGAGGAUGAAGCCAAACGUCAUUACAAACAUGCAUUGGAAGCAUGCCAAAAGAGCAGCAUAGAGAGAGAUGCGAGCCUCAGCAAACUACUUAAUAGUGUGAAACAUCUCUACACGCUGUAUGCAGUCAGUGGGAUUGAAUCACAGGAUUCCAAUGCCGACCUUGGCCAUCUUGUCUUUCUGUCGCAGAACUCUCUAGCAGCUUUCCACUUUGCUGAGGAGAAGUUUACAGUAGAAUUAACAGCAUUCACUAAAAAACAGUUCUUUGAGGGUAUUGCUAACAUCGCGGGUGGGGAGACAUCACGCUAUGAGCUAUUGGAGGUCAGUGACCCCACAAGUUUGUUGGUUAAGGGUCAGUCACAAGAGGCCUUUCUUCAAGACUGUCAAGAGCUCACCAGACUUCAAGCAGUAUUUCCCAAGAGCGAAUCUGAGCGCAUCAAUGCCAUGGUGGAGGCAAAGUGUGCAGCAAGUGUUUGCCAGCAAGCGGAGGACAUUCUGCACAAUAUACAGUCUGGGCUUCCCCAGAUCUGUGGAAGACCUCAGUCAUACCUGCAAGAGCUCAAUGCAUCACAUUCAGUCAUCAAGCAGGAGUUGCAUCACCUCACUGACACUGAAGUGCCCAGUUUGGUGAGAGAGUUAGCUACUUUUCAGUCCACUACAGUCCUAACCGGUGACUACAGCCUGAAACUGGCUCGCCAAGAUUACUUCACAUCCAAUCAGAACCAGGUCAUCGAGUACCUCGUGCAGCAGCGGGCAAGGAAUGAGUUCCUGACCAUGGCAUAUGAAAUUGAAGCCCGUGGUCAUCGAGAAACUCAUCGCUUGCUAACAGCCAUUAAACAAACACUUCAGGCCAAACUGUCAUCCUUUGAUGAGCGUAUGAAGAUCAUGGCUGAUCCAUAUCUAACUAAAGCCAGAUAUGAGCGUGGGACAAUCGAUACUAGAGAUAUGUUUUCAACCAGGUUGUAUCACAUGCUGGUGACACCAGACAAAGCGACCAGUGAGAGACAGUUGUUCUUGCCGUACUCCUCAAUGGUAUCAGCAGCACAAUCACUCAUGCAGCAAGUUAAGGCAGCCAGAGCUGAGGCUGUCUCCACAGCAGAUAUGUACCAGGCUAGGGUCAGCAGAAUGGAGGAAGAAGUGCAGAGGUGUGAGAAUGUGCUGUAUGCAGAGUCCAGCACCUUGGGUGGGCAGCCACAAAUGAUGCCUGUGGUCUUUCAGAAAACAGCCAUGGAGCUGGAUGAGAUGUUGCAGAAGCUAGAGGCAGCCAUUCUUGACACCAUCACUGACAUCAACAACAAAAAGAAGGUACUGAAAAAAGACGCAUUGCAAAUGAAGGAAAGAGAGCUCUUCACUCUGUUUCAUUUGCAUCCUGAUCGGCUGAAAACAACUGUGGAGAACUUGGAGCAGCGUCUGCAAGUUCACUCCGUUUCCUGAUGAGAUCAGUCAUCAGCAGGAAGUUUCCACUGCAAGAGCUAUUGAGGAAAUUAUAUUCAAUGUGAUUGAAGUAGAUCUGAUCCAUUUGUCUCACAAACACUUUGUGGCACAACUGCAGUCAUUUGAGUUCGUGGCACAAGUGCAGUCAUUUGAGUUCAAGGCACAAUUUAAACUUAUUACAUAUUUUGGGAGAAAUGGCUCUGUACAAUAAACCGUUUCAGAACUCAGCUUAUUGAGCUUAGCAUAUGCACACCCCACCACCAACACAGCCAGCAUGAUGACAGAAUUGAAGAGCAAAGAAAAUGAGAACAAAAGUGAUGUACAGCUGCCAAGAAGCAGGUGAUUCAAGUGUUUAGGUGCAUGACAGACUGUAAAAGGAAGAUACCAAGCUAACUUGUGUAACAGGGUGAUGUUUCCCUAUACAAGUUUUUUUUCUCUCUUGAAGCUAGGAUCAUAUAGCAUGUUUAAAGCAGCCAUGAGUAUUGUCUGCCGAUUGAUGAUUUCCUGCAAUAUUUUCAGCCAGUUUUGUUCAUGGUCUGUUAUGCUGAAGGUCCUUCACUAAGUACAGACUGUAAAUGAAAAGUGGAAGGCAGGCAGAAUACCUAAAGUCGUGACAAAAUACUGAAUAAAAAAGUGACCGCAAAUGAUAUGUAGCAUACAGAGUGCUGUAAGAACAUCCCAGACACAUGCAUCCAUGGUCAUUGAAAACUUGCACGAAAGACAUGCAAGUGCACAAUCACUCAUCACCAGUGUUUUCACACAAACAUUCAAAAACACUAGAAGUUUUCAGCUAUUUGGCUUUAUGAAUUGAGAAUUGGUACUUUGUGCAGAAUAAAGUAGAAAUUGAACACAUCUCAAUCUCAAGAACCCAUAAGAAACAAAAAGUCUGCAUUAAUAAGUUAACAUACACACCAGGAGCAUUAACUGUGUAAUACUAACAGCAGCUGUUGCUGUAUUGAGAGCAGUCACAGUUGGCAGCUGAAA